UUUAAUACCAAUUCAGUUUUACUCAAUUGACAUAACUCGGGCACGCGAAAUUGCAUUUAGUUCUUACAUUUUGGUGAAAUUCUUUGAAAGCUCAGCAAAAUAUCAAUUAAAACAUGAAUAAUUUAACCAAGGCUACUUUACGUUUUGUGGGCAACACCUCCUUGAAAAAUGUUUUCGGUGGCAAACGCGAUUUUACCCGCACUUUAUGGCACAUGUCCAAAACUCCAGAAUAUUCCGGCAAGGGCAGUGUAUUGCAAGUACAUAGUCCUACCAUGAACUGCAGUUGCGGCUGUGGCAUGAAGCGUAUGCAUACCAAAGGUGAACGUGAAUUGGUGGAAUUCUUAACUGAGGAAAUAUUGGCCGAACGUAAAGCACAAAAGGUUAAGGCAGUGCCCACCACUUUGGAUGGUUUUGCUGUUAAAUUGAACGGUGCCGAAGUUGAGUUGAGCAAACAGUCGGAAAAGGAAAAAAUUAUCAUCAAUUUCAAUGUAAACCAUACCGUUGAUACUGAAGAGGAACCUGAAAUUGAACCAACAGCCGACAAGCCCGAUAUGGGAGAAAUGCGCAGCAAACCCCAAUUUGAAGUUGAUAUUGUCCGUGGCACCACCACACUAUCCUUCACCUGUUCCUUCUUGCAAGGUACUCCACAAGAAGGAGAAUAUAAUGAUGUCUUUGGCAUUGAUGAAAUGACCAUUUACCAAGGUGAAUGGAACGAGAAAAUUUAUGCCGUAGCUGGUGAUGUUUUGGAUGGCUACCUUUACGAUUUAUUGAUGAACUUGAUGGAAGAGAAGGGUAUCAGCAAUGAAUUUGUUGAAAAGAUGUCCGAUUUAGCCACUGCCUAUGAACAUUCUUCCUACAUUGGCUUGCUUGAAAGUCUCUCAAAAUUCACCACCGGAAAGUAAUUACUUUCCUACAUUCUUAAUUUCUGUUAUAACUAAAUAGUUUUUAAGUUUUAAACUAACUUUGUAUUUUCGCCGCUCAUUGUUCUUUUUAUUUUUGUAUUUCCCAACACUAGUUAUGAACAAAAAAUAGCUACAGAAACGCUUGCCUAAUUUACACUCAAGAUAGAAGAAGAUUCAAGACUAAAAUUAAUCAAGAUUCAAGACUAAUCAAGAUUCAAGACUCAAACUUUAACAUAAUUUAAUAAAUCAGAAAAGGAUUUUCUUGUAAGUUUUUUGUUAUAUAUAAAUGAAAUAUCUUUUUUUUUGUUAUUAUUUAAUUAAGUUUGUUGUUUACGAAUUUAAAUUUUGUGCCAACUUUCUGGAAAAUAUUUUUUGUUUUUGACCGUGUUUUUAAAGUUAAUUUGUUGAAAAGUUAUUUUUAAUUAGUUUUGCUUUCGCAAAUUAACUUUAAUUCUUUUUAAACAAAUAUUUACUAUUGUAAGAAUAUAUACUACAUACAAAUAUAAAUUGUUACGAAGUAAUAAUUAAAAAAAAUAAUGAUUUUCAAAAAGGAAAAAAUUAUAAAA